UGCCGCUCCGUCCCGCAUCCUUUAUGCACAGCACGCUGCUCCGGUCCUCCCCAACUAAACACACCUUCGUGUCCGAGCACCAUGGCCCGCUCCCGGCGCUCUCACUGAGAGACAUGGAAGCCAAACAGCACCCGAUAAAAAGCCUCAAAAGCUACCCGGAAACCGGCGGCCGGAGCCUGGCAGCGGCCGCCGGAGGAGACGGAGGAGGAGGCGGCGGGUGUCGAGCCGGAUCCGCUGAGAUGGAGAUGGAGGCGAAGAUCCAGAAAGCCAUCGACUUCAAAGCGGAGGGUCACCGCUGCUACAAGGAGAAGAAAUUUCGGGAGGCGAUCGGUAAAUACCACCGGGCGCUGCUGCAACUCAAAGGGGUCCAUGUGGUCGACGGGACGACCGGAUCCGAGGUCAACCUGCUGAACCAGCCCGCCGCCAAGCUGACCGAGGAGCAGCGGAGAGCCGUGGAGAGCACCGAGAUUGAGUGCUACGACAGCCUGACAGCGUGUCUGCUGCAGUCAGAGCUGGUGAACUACGAGAGGGUGAAGGAGUACUGUCUGAAGGUGCUGAGCCACCAGAGAGAUCACUUCAAGGCCAUGUACCGAGCCGGGAUCGCCUUCUAUCACCUGGGGGACUACGAGUGUGCCCUACGCUACCUGCGUGAUGCCAAGAACCGUGAACCCACAGACACCAACGUGCUGCGGUACAUCCAGCUGACGGAGAUGAAGAUGAGCAAGAGUUGUCAGCGGGAACGAGAGAGCGGCAAAGAGACCCAGGGCUGACCUUCGACCUUUUCACCCUCCUGACCCCACCUCGACCCUCCCUUCCUCCUCCUCUAUCCUUCUCCUCCUGACAGCAGCACAGCCCGCAGACAGAAGGGACAAACCCAAUCACCCGCCAGCGAUGGAUAAAAACGGGAGACAUAUCAAGCUCUGUCUGCAUCCCCACCUCCUUUUACUCCUUUUCCCUUCUUCUUCUUCUUCUCCUUUUAUCCCUCAGGUGCUGUGGUUCCCCUCCCUAGACGCAGACAGUUGAGCAAACAUUAAAAAAUAAAUAAAAAAAUGCUGUAUUAUACUCAUACGAAACAGUCAUCACGGUGGGAUGAAAAAGGAGCUUCAAAACAUACAUAUGAAUAAUGGACAUUUGCGUGAUUUAGUAAAUGUUUUAAAGACAUAAAAUGCAUUUUGUUUCUGCUCUCUUGCUCUCUCUCUUUUUCUCUCUGCCUUCUCUCUCUCUGUCUCCGAACAUCGGGGGUUGGGAAGCUCGACCACACCGGGAGGAGGGCGGGGAGUGUGUGAACAUGAGCGGAGGACAGUGAGGGGUGUGUGUGACACAUAUCAAGACCUUAGCCUAAAUUGAUUGUACAUUGUACCCCAACAGGGCUCACUCAGGCCCCUUUACACAGACUACGGGACAGACUAGUACGGGAAAAUCUUUCAUUCAGUAGAGAAAACGCCUGCCUCUGUGCUUCAUCUAUCGCUCUACUGUCUCUCUUUUCUUUCCUGGAGGCCAUGUAUCUCAGUUCCUGGACUGUUUUUUCAAUUCAAGGGCUAAUUCAAGUGUUUGUAAACCGUUACUAGGGUUUUUAAUUUGCUUUCGGUGUUUAUCUCACUCAGUAGCAUUUGAUUCAUGACAGCAUCAGUGUCUCCUUGCUGUCAUCAGGUGUGCUAUUGUAGAAACUGGUGUGUCUUGAAUCUGUUGUCCAAAGCCCCUCCUGGGUCAUGUGUCGCUGUUGAGACUGUCGAAGCCCCUCCCUCCCUUCCUCCUUCCCUUCCUCCCUUCCUCCCUUCCUCCUUCCCCUUCUCUGUUCUCCCGUUAAUGAUGUCACAACGGAAAAUAGCCAACCAUCAACCGCUGUUGGCUAGAUGGAAAUCCACUUUAAAGUUUCACAGCGUGGAGAAAAAAAACACUUUAAAAUUUCCAAACAGAGGUCCCACCUUUUAUCGCUAAUGCUGAAGCUUCCCAGACAUCGAUAACACACCGAGGAGACUCUGGGCAGCGUUAGUGCAGGGAAAACAAUCACACACACAUCUGUCCUGGCGGUCUAGACCGCCAUCUUUGAGCACUCAGCUUUAGUGCACUUCAACAAGUGCCAUUUGAGAUUUCUUCCUCCUUUGAUUUGUUGGUGGAUAAAUGUUUGAAAAUGGUUCCAAACACAGAGCAGCAUUAGCACUAGACAACACUACUGAUGACAUGGUUUGUGGAUAUCCACGGCUAGCAAAAGAUACAUAAAUAAUUUGCUUCUCUUGUGACUUGUGAAGCUGAAUCAUUGAUAAUGCAAAUAUUGCUUUUAUGAUAGCUUCACCACCAGGCUUAAAUCUGCCUGCGCUGUUUUGCAGAAGGUUGGAUUGACGAUUUGUGAAAGCAUGACCUGAAUUUCCCUUCUCUCUGAUGCCAUGAAACCCAGUUUCCUCUUUCCCGUGUGCAAGCCCACCUCCUGCAUGUAACGUGCGGCUCCAGAGAGUUACUUCAGAUGUAUGGGAUAGGGAUUAUAUCUGCUCUAUUGCUUUCUGUCAUGGCAUGCUGCCACACUGUUCUUCUCAUACCUCUAAUUCAUCCAUUCUGCCCUUUAUAAACACAGAGGGUGGUGACAGACUGUGAUCACAGCAGAAUAAAAUCGGUAUCUUGAGUAAAAAAAUUAAUCAGGGUCACCUUCUGCCUCAGACAAGAUAAGAGGUAAUUCCACUGCUUAAAAUAUUCUAAAAAAGAUAUGGAAGAGGAAAUCAAAGAAAGAUGCUGUUAACGAUUUCCCCUCCCCAUUUCUUCAGUGACCUGCUAGGAGGUAAAUAGGGACCUAAGUGUGUCAAUGGGACUCUGGAGAGACGGCACCAUGCGUUGAGGGGACCGGCAUGAUUCAGAGGGGCUCCAGUGGAGGGAGAAGUAGGCCAUCAUCAGCCCCAUAAAGCAGCUGCAGCUCUAAGUCACUCCGCAGCAGAGACACAACAUUACUAACAGAAAAAGUUUAGAGAGCGUCUUCCUGUCUAACCAGGAAAAGUAAAGCAUUUAGAGUUCCCGUAUCUAGAACUAAGCGGCCCAGCUCAAAGGAACCUUACAGUGCGUGGGGGCCAAACAGUGUUUUCUUUCUCUGUAUUCUUGGUGUUGUAGGAACAAUAUUCUCUUAAAGGAAAAGUUCAACAUUUUGGGAAACAUGCUAAUACUUGAGCAAGUGCCCAAUCGAAAUAUGCCUGUUCAGAAAGAUGAUAAAUAAAGUGGAUUGGAUUGGAGUGGAUGUACAAAUAGAAAUAUGAAAUAUGAAACCAGGGAGACAUUUUACUGUCAUGAAAGAAGCCUAGGCAACGCUUUAUAAUAAGGUCCUUGUAAUAACCAUUAAUUAAUGUAUGCUGAUUGCUCAGCAUACAGAAAUGCUGGUAACAGCUUCACACUGGCCCUUUCUUGAGUCCUGAGUAAAACACCUGCCGUGAUGUCGUUGCAUCCAAUCGCAAUGCAUCUUUUGUUAACAGUAAGCUAUUUGGGACCGGACUAUUCC